GAUUCCCAGCAUCAGCUUUUCUCAGGGGUAAACAAUAAUAUAGCAUGUUUUCAAUCAUCUUUAUUAAUAAUGAUGCGUUAUUGUGUAACAUGCAUAGAUGUUGCACUAACACACUUGGAAACAUCUGGGCCAGGCACAUGGAAAACCAAAAAAGGCGUGAGAUAAAGAUGCAUACAUCUUAAACUAUCAAGUCAUGCACUAUUGCACUUUAUGUCAAAAAAGACUGAAAAGACUAAAUAGUCAUUUCAGUAUUUCACAUUUAAUUUGACUGUGAGUACAAAUAGCGUUUAUUACAUGUUAUUACAUUAAAUACAUUUUAUUUAUUCUCUUGAAAGGUUCAUGCCAGCAGGGAUUAGGCUCUUACCAACAGAAUAUGGCUGAAACAACAGGACAAGAAGGAGCUAAAGGUGGACCACAUUAUAUAAAAGAAAGAAUAAAAUACAGCCCGGAGGAGGAGGCCAGGCUGGAAAGGAAACAUUUCUGGAGAAUAAUUGAUGCUUUUAGAUAUUACAGGAUCCAUGUUCAGGAGCAGGUCAAACGCGCGGAGCGUCAGUUUCAGAGUCUUCCGCAGCACCACCAGAAUCUGCUGCCACACGUUUUGUCCAACCUGGCCCGGAUCGGCCAGUGUGCGGACCACAACCAGGAGGUGCUGCAGGCCAUCGUCCACCACAGCCUCCACAUGUUUGAGAACAUGGAAUACGGAGAGAGGCAGGAGGAUCCAAGGAAGAUUCGUCCAUCCUCUACAUUUGACAUGGACAAACUUAAGUCCACCAUAAAACAGUUUGUGAGAGACUGGAGUGAGUCAGGCCAGGCUGAGAGGGACUCCUGCUAUAAGCCCAUCAUCCAAGAGAUCCAAAGACUUUUCCCAAGUGAUCAAUAUGAUGUGUCUAAGGUGAGCGUGCUGGUUCCGGGUGCUGGGCUUGGCCGUCUAGCCUGGGAGAUAGCUCGGCUGGGUUACAUGUGCCAGGGAAACGAAUGGAGCUUCUUCAUGCUCUUCUCCUCAAACUUUGUUCUCAAUAGGUGUGAAAAGGUGAAUGCUCUGACACUCUACCCCUGGAUCCACCAGUUUAGCAACAACAAGCGAUCCUCUGACCAAACACGACCAAUCAGAUUCCCUGAUGUCAACCCUCAGAGCUUGUCACUAAAUGCAGACUUCUCCAUGGUAGCAGGGGACUUUGUGGAGGUCUACAAUGAGCCAGAGUCCUGGGACUGUGUGGCUACCUGCUUCUUCAUCGACACGGCUCAUAAUGUGUUGGAGUAUGUGGAAACUAUCUGGAAGAUUCUUAAGCCUGGAUAUUUUCAAGGUCCACUGCUGUAUCACUUUGAGAACAUGGCCAACGAGCUCUCAGUUGAGCUUAGCUACGAAGACAUUAGGACAGCGAUGGUCAGAUUUGGCUUCCACAUCGAGGUGGAGAAGGAGUCAAUGCAGACCACCUACACAGAGAACGACCGGUCGAUGCUGAGAUAUGUUUAUGACUGUGCCUACUUUGUUGUGCGGAAGCCUGCAGAGCUGCAGUACUUUAAUGGUCAAAACGAAGACCAGCUACAAAACUCUCCACCGGCUGCUAAGUCGCCACGCCGAGAGGGUCCCGACAGCCCGACGUGACAAGAUGUCCUUUGACAAAACCAAGUGAAAGCAUAAGAGCACAAUCCUUGGCUGAAAUAUGACAACAAAGGAAAAGGAACAUUUUCCUUUUGGCCAGAUAUAUUUUUAAAAAUGUCUGCCCGAAUCCACAAGACCUUGAAGUGGCUCAAAAUGGGGAAUGUAAUAUGAAGUAAGGUGAUGUGAUAUGAAGUAAAGUGAUCUGUACCAUCUGAACAAAAGUCAAAAUACUGGGUCUGAGAUGAAUCACUUACCAUUGGCUGCUACUUUAUGUUUGUGAUUUGUGUGUCAGCUGCUGGCCACGAAGACCAUCGUUUUGUUUUUAGGCUCCGUGUGUGCAUGUGAUAGGAGAAUGUGAUGUGAAUGCCUGCUUUUCCUUUUUUUCCCUUUUUUUUCUCUUUUAUGUGCCAAUAACUACAUCUAAUAUUUUUUUUAUAUUGUUUGUUUUGGACUGUCAUCACACUUUGAAAUAAAGCCGCACAUUUUAAAAAUGUGAUUCUCCAGUUUUACUUAAACACAUUUUCAAAUACAUUAACACCAACAUAACAGAAAAGACGACAACAGGUCGACGAUAUCUAGAAUCUCUAUAUACAAGUAUCAUCUUGUGAAUGUUGCCAAUAAAAACAAAG